CACAUCACUAUUAUUACACAGUAAGACUCACUCAUCUUGGAUAUUCUUGGAGUCAUUUCUUUCUUUGCAUCAAACUGUGGCUCAGUGUCUCCAUGGCGUCAACGUGCCUGAGCAGCGUCCUGACGCAUGCCAACCUCACCAUGUACCAGACUGGUAUCUCUGAUGUCCUGCCACAGCAGCCCAGUGCUCUGACAUUCAACCCAUCGUACAGCGGCAACAUCAACAAUCACUGGUACAAGCACGUCAGCCCAGUCUGCUGGUCACCUGACAGUGUUCUGGAGUGGAUCAGCGACCAUGUAGAGAGUACCAAGUUUGAUGCAAGCACCCUCAGUCUGGACUGCUGUGCCAUGGACGGACCUUCCCUUUGCCAGAUGAACCAGGACCAGAUGAUUGGGAUCUUCGGCCCACAGCUUGGACCACACCUUCAUCACAGUCUGCAGGAACACAAGGCCAAAUAUGAGUUUCAGACCCUCACAGGACCAGAGCUGAACGAGACCUGCCAGCUUCUGGACAACUUCCUGCACAACCUAAACUUUCCUUUGCUCAGCACCGUUAAAGUUGGCCUGGAUGACGUAGUUAUCAACAAGAGGGAGUUUGACUACAGGGAUGAAUAUGAUCUGACCAGUUUGACUAUGGAGUCCAUGAUACCUCUCCAAGAAGAUUAUCUGUCUGAUAAUCAGUCUGACAGCGAGUACAGCUCCACCUCAAACAGUGGCAUGUGUGGCUUUUCGGGCCACAGCUCCCCAGAGUCUGGCAGUGGUGAAUCGGACCCAGAGUUCUCCUACCCACGGAUUACCAAGGGGCACAUCAAAUCUGAGAAAGGAGAAACUCGCCUGAAGCGGCCACGGGGACGACCUCCAAAACUCAGCAGAGUGCACAGCAGCAACGAUUACGAGAGCCCUAAGAAAAAUAAACAUGUUCCUCGAGGCACUCACUUGUGGGAGUUCAUCAGGGACAUUCUGAUCCAUCCAGAAAGGAACCAAGGCCUGAUGAAAUGGGAGGACCGCCGUGAGGGUGUCUUUAAGUUCCUCAAGUCUGAGGCUGUGGCUCAGAUGUGGGGCCAAAAGAAGAAGAACAGCAGCAUGACCUAUGAGAAACUCAGUCGUGCCAUGAGGUAUUACUAUAAGAGGGAGAUCCUGGAGCGCGUUGAUGGCAGGAGGCUUGUAUACAAAUUUGGGAGGAAUUCUAGCGGCUGGAAGGUUGACGAGACUGGCAUGGACGUGAGGCAUUAGUCACUGAAUGUGGGGAGAAAGUCACCAAAAACCAGAAAAGGUGUUCUUACAGGAGCUACAUGUUACUCACAUGGCCUGUUUGAAAGUAAACCUUGCCUCCCUCCGAUGUUUAUGACACUAACUUCCUUUAAGAAGGAAGGUGUUGCAAAAAAUGUAAGCCACUGUUUUUGGCUCUAGUAGGUUUUAUGAACCAAUAUUAUUGUUGUGACUGUUAUUUUGUAUUUUUAUUUCUAAAAGCGAGUAUGUACACAGUACUUAAAAUGGUCAUCAUUUUGUAAGUUUGUUUUUCGGUAAACACUAAAAGGCUGUUCUUUUACUAAAGCAGGGCUAACUCCCUAUUCUUAUCUGUCAUUUAUUUGUUGAUUUGUAUUAUAUGAGCAUUGUUGCUCUGAAAACAUUGUUCACUUUGAUUUUUUUAUAUAUACUUCUUUGAAACUGUGAAACUGACAUCCUCAGUUUUGUGUGUAAAUAAAUGUUUAUGACGAUUUGAAUGAAGGAUCAAGUCAGGAACAGUCUUUUUACAAGUAAACCUAAUGCGAGCAAUCAAGACAGAACAGGGAGACAACAAAUGUGGGUGAUGUUACUUCCACUUAAUACAGUAACAAUGUGCACUACAUGUCAAUUGGUAUCACUUAUUAUAAAGUGUGUUUUCACAAUGUUUGAAUUAGAAGUAAAUAUAUCAGUUCUUAUAUGUUAUAGCCACCUGUAAAAACAUGUUGUAGGCAUCAGCAACAGUGUGCUGUUCAAUGUGAUUGUUUUGAUGUUAAUUGAUGAUUGUAUUUGUCUUCACUGUGAUAUCAUGUAUGUUGUUAAUUGUUAAAUAUGUUUUUUUGUUAACUAAGAAAUACAUUUUCACAUAUAAUAA